UUACGAAAAGAGAAAAUCUUUCCGUUUCCAGCUAAAUCUCGACCGUGGGCCAAGGCACACUCGUUCUCCCGCGCGGGUAGAGGCGCCCAGGAGCGCCGAGGCGGGACGGGAAGCUGCUUGCGCUCCCGGAGGACCCGGCCCCUCUCCCGGCCCGCUCGGACGCGCCGCGGCCGGACCCACGUGGACCUCCAGCCGGCGGCCAGACCCACCGCCCUGGAGCCCCGAGCCCCAUGCCUGCAGGUUACGGAGUAAUGGGUGACGAUGGUUCCAUGGAUUACAGUGUUCACGAGGCCUGGAAUGAAGCCACCAACGUUUACCUGGUCGUGAUCCUUGUCAGCUUUGGGCUCUUCAUGUAUGCCAAGAGGAAUAAAAGAAAAAUUAUGAGGAUAUUCAGUGUGCCGCCUACAGCAGAAACUUUGUCAGAGCCCAACUUUUAUGACACAAUAAGUAAAAUUCGUCUAAGACAGCAACUGGAAAUGUAUUCCAUUUCAAGAAAGUAUGAUUAUCAGCAGCCACAGAACCAAGCUGACAGUGUACAGCUGUCGCUGGAAUGAAAUCUCAGAAAAUGAGCAACAGAAGUGAUCAUUGUUCAAGCGUAUGGUCUCCUCAUUCUACUAAAUCAUCAAUGCCUCUUUUAAAAAAAAAAAAAUUGUCUCCAAAAAAAUCAUCAUACUUGUGACUUUUUCCUAAUUUUCUUUUUGUGUAUUUUGUUUUGCUUUCUUAAAUUGCAUCUCCAAAUCAUUUGUUACAUAAAUUUAAAAGGCCUCAAAAGACCUGAAUGCAGAGAUUCUGCCUGUGCCUAACAAGGAUCGAUGGUGAUUUCACCAUGGGAAGACGUUUCGUUUCUUCAGGAUACAAUCAGAAAUAAAAACACAUCCUUGUAAGCCAGAGUCUAGAGCUGAGGCCACCUCGAUUUGAACUUUUUUUGCCAAAUUAAAAAAUAAAAAUCUUGGAGUUCCCAUAUGGCCCAGCGAGUUAAGGAUCCAGUGUUAUCACUGCAGCAGCUCAGGUCACUGCUGGGGCAAAGGUUCAAUCCCUGGCCCGGGAAAUCCCACAUGCCGUGGAUGUAGUCAAAAAAAAAAAAAAAAAAAAAAAAAACUAAACUAAACUAAAAAAUAAUAAAAAGAAAAAUCACGUUACUGGAAUAACUUCCUCUUAAAUUGAGUUCUGGGAUAAAUGUAAAAUGGAUAUCAGACUAAUUAAUGUGUGUUCUGAUGGCUGUUGUUACCCCUCUAUCUAGUUGAAUUCAUCUUUGCUCCUUCAUAGCACAGUGAACUGGCUUUUCUACAUGGCAAAUUCAUGAAGCACACCCACCCACAAUCAUGGAAGCUUUCUGAGACUGGAAUUUGCUCCCCUACAUAGUAUUCCCAGGACUUUCUUCCACCAGAAAAGUCUUCUCUCGCCCAUAUUGGGUCCAUGCUGCUGAAGACAUGGGCACCUCUGAUUGGCCAUAGCAACUUGCUUUUUAGUCAUCAGACCAUCAAUGUUUAAUAUGACUGUCUGAUUUCUGAUGCUUUUUCAGCAUAACAAGCUUCCCUGAAGACUGUCCUGUCUUAUAUCCUUUGGUACUGUACAAUGAAAUGUUUUUGCCUGAUUUUUCAUAUUUCUCUAAAUAAAAGCUGGUUGGAAAUGGUGGCAGGAAA